AUGAGCACCAUGACUUCCACAUUGCGCCUUACGCGAAUAUUUGACCGCGUAGUUGAGCGGCAGAAACCACUACUGCCUUGGCCAGACCCGGAGGAAUCUAUUGGAGYAUUCUAUCGAACUCUUGGCCGCUAUCAGUGCUGGGAGAUGCGAGGCAGAGCUCGUCAACUAUACCUGAGUCUUGCAAACGACAUCAAAGGCCACCUGGAACGCCAUGGCGAUAUUGUUUCGGCAACGGUCAUCUGGUCGGCCUACAUGAUUGGCAAGUCAAAACAAUGCGCCAAUCCUACCGUGUUCUUUUGCAGCAAAGAUCCCAAGGCACGGCGAGCAGUACGGAAUGAAAUUGAUGGCAGUGGAAUUCUUGAAUCAUACUCUGGAUUCCGGACAGGAGACUGCACAAGACCACCGCAUUUGGGUCAAUUGAGACAGCUUGCUGUUGGCGAUGACGAAGUCACAGGCCUUUGUUCGGAAGGCUCAAACACGGACUGCCAUGUUGAUGUUGGCCGUCGGAUCCGAAUUCAAUCAAAAGAUUCCACCGUCCCACUAACACCUGCCACCAUAGGAGCCAUCUUGGAGUCGGGCGACUCACUCUACUUCACCACAGCAGCUCAUGCUUUUGCAGAACUUGAUGCCGAUCCGUUUGAGUGUGAGAGUCCAAUGGACUCAGCAUUCGAAUGGGACUUUGACGGCGAGCACGACGGAAUCCUGGCAGAGGACGCACGGCAGACUGCAGCUUAUGUCGUCCCAGAACCAGGUUCGGUCGAUUGGGUCUCGAAACAGCCCACACAAGACACAAAUGAGCCAAUCUACCAAUCAAAAGACGUCCGAUUCUCCUCUGCCGACAACCCAAGACCGGACUCACACUUGGACUACUGUCUAGUUGAGUUCAAGCAAGAGUUCUCUGAGCUUGAGAGUGGUGCUCAAUACUAUACUGCACUGCCAAAAGACGUGAAUCGCGAAGGACCCGCACAAGGAGACGUCUUAGUCUACACUGGCUCUGGACGGGCCGAUAAUGGGGUACUAUCUGGAACUCCAUCCUUUGUGAUGUUGGAAGGUGGUCGAUUCUCCCAGGAGCUAUGGACUAUACAUCUAGAUGGUACACUUGAGAACGGGGAUUGCGGCUCGAUUGUAAUCAACGCCUUGAGCGGGAACCUCGAAGGUCAUAUCAUAGCUGGAGACCCUGAGACAGGAUCUGCUCUGAUUGUUCCAGCAUAUCAGAUGCUAGAAGACAUUCAGCUGAGAUUUGACAGCAACAUUCUUCUCUUUCAGACGAAGCAGUGCGUCGAUCUUCAGCGUCCGGUUACGGAGGAAGAAAUCACAGCAGAAGAUUGCUUAGACGCUUCGGAGAGCUUGCAUUAUGAUGGAACGGGGACUGACUGGACUGCUGAAAUCACCAGACGAUUUCGUCGAAUGCUUUCCGAACAACGCAUGGAGAGGUUGAGAUUAAUCAGACGAGGGACGCUCCCGCGACGUUCACAGGCCGCCACAGACCUCAGUAAAGGGACUCGUGAAGACUCAACCCAGGACCAUCCCACAGCUUCAGAUACUUCAAACUUGAUGGCCGAACAAGAUGAGGUACGGUUUUCACAAACUGUCGCAGCAUCCAGCAAGGCGUCCCUUGGAGACUCAAAUCAGRACCAUCUCACAGACUCAUUUGAUCUACACUCGGUGAUAAGUAGAGAAGAAGAAGAAGAAGAAGAAGAAGAAGAAGAAGAAGAAGAAGUAAAGUUUGAACGUGCCCUCAAUACUUUUGGAAAGGCGCCGCUUGGAGACUCAAAUGAGGACCGUCCGACGAAUGCACCUCCUCCGUACCAUAUGCUUUGCCUCCGCAACAUACCCCGCGAUCCCAUGCCUCCCAGCGAGCCAAAGACUCUGCGAUUCCGAAGCCUUCUGAUGUCGCUAUCGGAAAUGCCCUGCAGAUGGGAAAACCUUGAACUAUUGGAUGAGGCCCUCACUGCGGUUCCUCUGCAACGCAUUCACGAUGAAGCGCAAGAGGAAUUUGACAUAUUCGUCGCCGAAGCAGAGUCUCUUGGGGAGGGCAAGCAGGAAUGCUGGGGCUACCAGGAUUGCGUGAUUAGGGCACUGCUGAGAUGGUUCAAAAGAGACUUUUUCGAAUGGGUGAACAAUCCAGAUUGCAGCACUUGUCUCGCAUCAACGGUCGCAAUGGGUAUUUGUGCGCCCAAUCGUGCCGAGCAAGCUCGUGGCUGCAACCAAGUUGAGCUGUAUCAAUGCAGCAAUUCUGAGUGUCUUUCGUGGGUACGCUUUCCCCGAUACAACGACGCCUUCGUACUACUCCAUACCACAAGAGGGCGGGUUGGCGAAUGGGCCAAUUGCUUCUCUAUGCUCUGCAGAGCUCUGGGAAGCAGAGUACGUUGGCUCUGGAAUGCAGAGGAUCACGUAUGGACCGAGGUAUACAGUCACCACCGGAAGAGAUGGAUCCACGUAGACGUCUGCGAAGAAGCAUGGGAUACACCACUGUUAUACACAAAAAAAUGGGGAAAGAAAAUGUCCUAUGUCAUAGCUUUCUCCUCCCAGGGCUGCUACGAUGUGACGAGGCGAUAUGUUCGCGACUCUGACAGCAGUCUCCCGCGGAACAGGUGUUCUGAGGAGGCCCUAUGGCAUAUUAUUGGAGAAAUCACAGCUUUGAGGCGCCGCGAUAAGAGCGCUGAUGAAAUUCGGUGGUUGAAGGCUGAGGAUAAACGAGAGGAGCAGGAGCUACAACGGUAUGUUGUAGAGACACUGGUUACUAACAUGCUGAAGAGCGAUUCCCUCAAACAUAGUGCGGGCGAGAAGGAUGCUGUUUCAUCGACGAGUGAUAAGUCGACGGCGACAGUAGUUCGUCGGGGUCGGAGCUCACGAUACGGUUUAGAGUAG